CAUUCAUUUAUCUUUUUUCUUAAUCUAAUUUUAACAGAAAUGACCCAUGGCGUUAGCAGGCCAUGCUUACAGGUCAGGAGGAGGAAGGAGUGCAUACAUAUUUCAGAACAAAGACGACUCUGAACUUUUAACUGCUGAGAGAAGAAGUUGGGUUUGAUUCCCACGUCUGGCUGCUUGUCACCGCCUCUGGAAGAACUGUGUGGACCUCGGUGCCACAUGCAGGACUGUGCUGCCAACAGGAUAUUUCAGGAGAGGAGUUCAGAAGAGAGAGCUGUUCCAUACUCAGCCAAUGUGUAAUUUUAUCCACGCCGCAGCCUCUCACUUCACACGGGGCUGAUACCUUUUGCCUCCCCCUUUCCUUUGUAUCAAUUGGUCGGACUUCAACCUAUUGUCGCCACAAGCUUCUUUUAUAUCUGCGCUCAGUCUGAGCUGAGGCUCUCAGUCAGAUCCACAGGAGGGACUUCAGCAGCAGCACAGACAAGGAGCGGAGCCCAUCUCGUUGGCGGCUGUGCUGUCAGCUGUGUCUGUUGGGCUCGGAUGUGCACGGUGCUGGAGCUCUCCAGCGUUGGGGCCCAGACACUUUAAUGGGACCCCGGGAGCCGGAAAGGGGUUAUUUUCGCCACAAUCGACGCUCCUCGGCCAUGUCAUAAUGUUGAUGAUACCUCUGCUGGUGUUGCUGAGUUUGUUGGAUCUCGUUAGUUCCAGGGCCCGCUGCGCCACUGGCCAGGCUUGCGACCCCCGGCAGCGGAGGGACGCCGGGGGACGCGGAGGAGUGUAUGAACACCUCGGUGGAGCGCCGAGACGCAGGAAACUCUACUGCGCUACUAAAUAUCACUUACAAAUCCAUCCUAAUGGGAAAAUAGAUGGAUCAUUGGAGGAAGACAACCCGUUAAGCAUCAUGGAAAUCACAGCAGUUGAUGUGGGCGUUGUGGCCAUAAAAGGGCUUUUCUCUGGCAGAUAUCUGGCCAUGAAUGAUAAAGGAAGGCUGUAUGCCUCGGAAGUUUUCAGCAAAGAGUGUGAGUUUGUGGAAAGGAUCCAUGAGUUGGGGUACAACACGUAUGCAUCCCGUCACCACUCCACCGAGCAGCCGCUGCUGCCUGGGGGCGGCGGCAGCAGUAAGCGGAGGGCCAGCGCCAAGCGUCAGUGGUAUGUUUCCAUCAACGGUAAAGGCCGGCCACGGAGAGGCUUUAAAGCCAGGAGCACAGACAAAGCCUCACUCUUCCUGCCUCGAGUGCUGGGCAACAAGGAUUAUGAGAUGGUAAGGCGGCUGAGGGACAGUCAGAGCACACACCACCACAUGCACCAGCACGGAAGUCGCGGUGAGCGCAGAAGACGUAGGCAUCGUGCCCGGAAAGGCCGAGCCCGACGGCCAGAAGACUGAGCAGAAAAGGGGCUGUCCCAGCCAUCCUGUGACGAGGGGUCAGCUCCCCCCGACCUCGGCACAUACUGUAGCUUGAUUGCAGAGGAGGAUGUGAGGAAACAGAUUGGAUGCUGCCUUUUGGAUUAGUUUUGCUUUUGGAUGCCAGUCUGUAGAUGGACAAAAGACCUAGGGCCAAGUGUUGGGCCACAUUCGUCCACUUCAGGAGACUCUCCCACUCACACGGCUGUAUAACCGUCGAUGACUUCUUCAGAAUGCUACUGUAUUGUAAACAAAUGUAUUAAUAUAGAUGAAAACUUCCAUCUAGUUUUGUAAAGAGUUCUACUUUUGUACAAGCAACCAUUAUUACCAUAAACUUCACACAGAGCUAAAAACCCUUUUAAAUAUGGUUCUGUUGUAAAUAGGCUAGCCUACAGUGUGCGUGUCCAGCUGUGGCUUUUCACUGGUCAGAAGGCUGAAACAGCAAAUAGAAUAUAAUGCGUUGCUACUCCGAAGUGCUAACAACAUGACGGCUAUUGAAGAGAGGACUUUACACAGCAAAGCACUUUUGUCAGAUUCAUAAGAAGAAGCAAAAGGAAAAUCAGUGUGAGAUGGGAUCUGGUGUCUUUUGAUAUAAUGUGAUAAUCUACUGUCUGCAAACUGAAAGAAGUGCUUUGUAUAUUUUACUAAUGAUAUGAAUAUUUAUUUGGUCCCUGUGUUUUAAGUUAUUGAUAAGACUAUUUCUGCAUUUUAUCAAUGUUGCUAUUUGUUUCAUAGUUUUCACUCACCAUCCACUUCCAACAUAAAACACUGUGGUACUGACACAAGGAAGCAACUGGCUGAUUUAUUAUGAGUUUUCCAUUUGUUUUCACAGACAAACUUUGUCU